ACAGAAGAAGUGUCAGCGGCGGUGAGAAGUUCAGGAACAUCCGGUACAUCCCAGUGCAUCGUACUUGAACUCCGAAAGCUGCCAUGGACGGCACUCACAAUGAUGAGGACGAGAUAUCACCUGAACUUCCAAUUGAGAUAAUGGUUUAUAUCCUAAGCCUUCUUAAAGCUUCAGACAGAAGAGAAGCGUCACUUGUGUGUCGCAGUUGGUACUACGCCAGCCAGGAUAUGCGCUUUCAGAAGAACGUGACUUUCUCCUUCCCAGCCUCUGCUUCAUCCUUGGAGCUGAUUAGGAGUCUGAGCAGAAAGCCACGCUGCAGUCUGAUCAUCAGUCAGGUGGAUGGGUUCAGCAUGUGUCGGUCUCUGCUUUUGGAGGUGGGACUGUCUUUAGGCCCUAAGGUUGAGAGUUUGGCUCUGCCUGGCAGCAGUAUCACCGAGGCCUCUCUGCUGGCUCUCCUGCCUCGCCUCACGUCCCUGCGCAGACUGGACCUGAGGGGCCUUGAUAGCCUAUUCAUGUCUGGAGCCUUUCUGUCUCGGGAGGAGCACAGGCAGCAGGUGCGGACAGCUCUUUCUGGACUCCAGGAGCUAGACCUUUCUGACCUCCGAUACCUCUCUGACCUGACUUUUAACCGCCUCACUAGCUGCACUACUCUCCUCCGGCGCCUCUCUAUGGCUGGUUGCCACAUUGCAUUUGAGUUUGAUCCAUACAGGGGGUGCCCUGUGGGAGUUGUAGAAGACUCCUCUGCUUUGUUGUCCUUGAGAAACUUGAGGAAGCUGCUGACAGAGCAGAAAUCCACCCUGGUGGCUCUAGACCUAAGCCGAACCGCCAUCACACCAGAGUCACUGCGAACUAUUGCACAGGUCCCAGGUUUGGUUUUAGAGGAGCUGCAUCUUCAAGGUUGCAAAGAGCUGACAGACUACUCAGUGGAGGUCCUGGUCAAACAUCAGCCAGAGCUGCAGACUCUGGACAUCAGCGGCUGCACAGAGCUGACUAGCAGAUCAGUGACAGCCAUUGCACACGGCCUCAAGUCGCUGAGGCACCUGUCUUUGUCACGAGACUGGAGGGUCACAGAAAAGGGGCUUGCUGAUUUGCUCUCUUUGCCAUCUCUGAAAAGUUUAGACCUCUCGGAGUGUCUGAACAUUAGUGGAGUAGAGACAGUGAAUGGUCUAAUAAGUUGCAACACAACCAGAGCACAGCUGCAGAUACUCAACCUCAAGAGCUGCACCUACAUGAGGGAUCUGGCAGUUUUCUCCCUGGUGCAACUCUUUGGGGAGACUCUCCGUGAGCUUGAUCUGACUUCAUGCACCAAUGUCACAGACCUGUCAGUGCAUGCCCUCCCUACAUUCUCACCAAGGCUCAAGGUGCUGCGGCUUGGCUGGUGCAAAGAAGUGACCGACUUUGGCCUACUGGGCAUGAUGAAGGUUAUCAAAGGUGAUCCUGACAAUGAAACGGGUGACAAUGCUCCAAAGUUUACAAGAACCUUCGGUAACAUGGGCUUCUUCAAACCACCUCAGUUGCCUUUUGAGGAGCGUCCCAAGCAAGUGACACAGACUACUUUGGAGCAUUUAAAACAUCAGCCUGGUUCUUCACUUAUAACUCUUAGUCGACUGGAGGAGUUGGAUCUAUCUGCAUGCCCCAAACUCACAGACAGCAGCAUCACACAGGUGUUGCAGUACCCAGAUCUCCAGCGCCUGUCCCUCUCUAUGCUCCCUGAAAUUAGUGAUGCUAGUCUCGUGUCUGUAGCCUGUCACUGCCGCAGCCUCACCCACCUGGACCUCAGCGAAUGCCCACAGAUCAGUGACAGGGGGGUGGCUAAAGCUGCUCCAUUUCUACACAGACUGCAGCACCUCUCUCUCUCCUGUUGCAACAAUAUAACUGACAGAUCGAUGUCCAUUUUAGCACAGCACUGCAAACGACUCAAAACGCUGGACAUCUCGAGGGAAAUGCAAAGGAUAUGGACUGUUAUUGGAGUCAUCAGUGACAUUCUUGAUGCUCUGUUGGACCCAAACUCUCUGCUGGUCCAGCUCAUGUUCCCUGAGAGCGAGGUCAUCAAGUUCAGCCUUAAGAUCUAUCAGUUUAUCUGCAAUCUCUCUUGUAUUGCAUCCUGGACCAACACCCCUGAGGUUGAUAUAAGAAGAGUCCCCCACUGCUCCCAGUUCGCCUCUGUUACUGGCCGUCUCCAGCUCCAUCAUCACCCCCCUGCCUCCCGACCGAACCCUGCCAACCACCCGACAAUGCACAGCCCUCCACCGCAAUCGGACGUUCAGAGGGCCGUCGAAGUGAUUGUAUUUGGAAAUGCGUAUUGGUUUUCUAAUAUUUCCCCUAAAUUUACUUGA